AUGGCAUCCAUCGCUCGUACAAUUCUGAAAAAGCCUGUCAAGAUUUCACUUGUGCAGUUAUCUUCAGGUUCUGACAAGGCUGCAAAUUUGAAGCAUGCUGCUUCUCAAGUAGCAAAGGCUGCGUCAGGAGGAUCCAAGAUUGUCGUUCUCCCAGAGUGCUUCAACUCGCCUUAUGGAACUGAUUUCUUUCCCAAGUAUGCGGAGACUCUGCUACCUUUACCCCCAGUAAAGGAAAAGGCUCCCUCUUAUUAUGCUUUAUCGGCAAUAGCAGCAGAGAAUAAAGUAUACCUCAUCGGAGGCUCGAUCCCAGAGCUCAACCCUUCUACAAAGAAGCAUUACAAUACUUGUCUCAUUUUUGGACCCGAUGGAGCAUUGCUCUCGAUACAUCGCAAGAUGCACCUCUUUGAUGUCAAUAUCCCAGGCAAGAUUACCUUUCGGGAAUCUGACGUGCUCAGUCCUGGCAACAAGGUCACACUAGUCGACUUCCCCGAAUAUGGAAAGGUUGCCAUCGGUAUUUGCUACGAUAUUCGAUUCCCUGAGCUUGCAACUAUUGCCGCUCGCAAAGGAGCAUUUGCUCUGAUCUACCCUGGCGCGUUUAACCUCAUAACAGGUGCUCUGCACUGGAAGUUAUUGGCACAGGCACGAGCAGUCGAUAACCAGAUUUACGUGGGAAUGUGCAGCCCUGCACGCAACUUGGACUCACCAUAUCAUGCGUGGGGCCACAGCAUGAUUCUUGACCCAAUGGCUGGCGUCUUGGCGGAGACUGAAGAAGGAGAGGCUAUUAUCGAGGCCGAACUGAACGAGGAUAGGAUUACGGAAACACGCAGAAAUAUUCCUUUGGAGACGCAGAGGAGAUUCGACAUCUAUCCUGAUAUUAGUGAGGGCAAUGUAGCAUACGAGGAUCCGGAUCUAUUGGGUUAG